UUCAAAAAACAAACUGAAAAGAGGACGUGAAGACAGAAGUGUUCAGUAAAAGUAUGUGGAAAGUUGCGCUGGAUUAGACAUUUUAUAUCACGAAGAUGGAACCUGGAGAAACGUUGCGCUCAAAUCUGAAUGACCAUUCUAAAUCCAAUACAAGAAGAAUUUCAUCAAUCCUAAAAGCUGCACGCACACCACUGAAAGCUCUCGGAGCAGAAAACGAGGACUGUCAGGAGGACCAAACCCAGAAAACAGACAAGAAGAGGAAAUACAGAAGGGUCAGUUUUGCAACAACCAAUGAUGUAAAGUACAUAAGUUCUCCUGGGAGGACUCAAGACCCUGACAUCACAGAAACUGAUUGCCAGAAAGACAGGGAUUGUGAUACGGAAAAUGUGAGGCAGCAAAUUAUUGGUAUGGAAACUUUGCUGAAUGCACCUCUUCAUGUUUCACAGCACAAUAAGGAAAAUGUGUUUUACCCUGGUGUCCAACAUAACAAUGCUGAUGAAACUGUUGUGUUUUCUGGAGAGGACUCUGCAUACAUGGACAUGACUCACUGUCACACUGUUAUAAUUGAUGCUAAUGUUGACGAAAUCAAUGAGACAUCUAGUUAUGGAGUCAUUGACUUUCUUUCUAAACUGGAGACGGCAAGCAAUGAAAAGUCACGGAAGAGCGACAGUAUUCCUUUUACAGGUCCCGCAGCAUCAAAAGUUCAGUUACAGGAAUCUGAAAUAGAGAACCUUCUUCCAAGUUGGUCAGAAGCAAAUCAUGGGACUUCUACAGGAGGCAAAAAAUCUGCAAGUACAACUUGUACAGUUAAUUACCGUGAAGAAUCUUCCUCAGGUGCUACCUCUUUAUCCAAACAAGCUGCACAAAGUGCAGUACUUGAUAAAGAAAACCAAGCUUCCAUUACACAAAAACCAGUGUGUGAUGUAAUGUCCCUAAGACCAUUUCCAUCAAAAAAUAAUACUCUUCCUGUUAUCGACCAUACUAUGGUGUUUCCCAGUGGGGACAAUGUGGAUAUGACAGAAAGCCAUACCGUUUUCAUAGAUGUCAGAGAAGUUCUGCAGCAGAAAUCAGGAAGAAACAUGCAACUGACACAGAUCCAAACCAUGGAAGCAGAUGUUAGCCAGUUGACAACUGGGGAACAGUUCUCAAUCUUUAAUCGGGAUGAUAUGGAAAUGACGAAAAGCCAAACUGUUGUCAUAGAUACCAACAUGACUCGCAGGAUGUUUAAUCCAUCACUUCACUCAAGCAAAACUACAGCACCUUCCAGUGAAAUGGUCCCCUUUUCAGAUGAUGAUAGGGAGAUUACAACAGGCAACAUGAUGCUUACUGGAGAAAUCAAACAUUGUCCCACUGGAGAAGAUGAUGCAAAUUGCAGUUCAGGUCAGCAUCGUGAUUCAUUUCCCUGCAUAAAAGUGGAUUGCAGAGCUCUUUUUUCCAGACUUGCACAAAGUUCUGUAACUGGUAAUGAAAAAGAAAUUCCAGAUGGGACAGAAAAAUUUGAAUAUGAUGCAAAUAAGCAAACUGCUCUUGUUGGUAACAAAAUUUUGGCAGUUGUGCCAGCAGACCCAGAUGACAUGGAAAUGACUAGAAGUCAAACUGUUGUUAUUGGAAUAAAUAAUCCUGCACAUUCCACUACAAAUGGAAGUUACUUGUUUGUUCCUGAAAAAACUGUCAUGUUUUCAGAAGAGGAUUAUGGUAUGGAAAUGGCUACAGACCUUAUUUUGCCAAUUGAGGAAAAUAACCAUGUUCUGACUGGAGACAAAACAGUGGAAAAAAUGGUUCCUCUAAUGAAAUCCUUUUCAUAUUCUGAUGUACUUGAUGAAAUGGAACUGACAGCUACUCGGGUAGCUACUGCUGGCUGUAAUUUAACGACACCCUCAGACUCUGAAGACAUGGAAAUGACUGAAAUACACACUCCCACUGACUCAAAAAAACACUGUGUUGGGAUCACUAAUCCUUUACUCAGAAGUGGAAAUAAAAGUCACUCCUACAUGCCAGCCAACAAAACCAAUGUGCCUUCAGAUCCAGACAGCGGUGAGGCUAUUACUGCAGCUCUCACUAUGCCUGUUAAGAGAUAUGAUCAAUCUUUGAAUGUAGAGGAUUGUAUGGAGGAAGCAAAAACUGAUUUACUAUAUACUCUACAAUAUGCAAGAAUAGCUGAUGAGGCAGCUCCUGUUGAUGGUGUAAAUUCUAUAACGCCUCUGUCCUCUGACCUCAAAAAGGCACAUGGUCCUGAGCCUGGAAUUGAGUCACCAAAUCUCCAAACAGAUUAUCCAGCAUUUAGCAAUGAAACAAGUAGGUUGGAAGGAAGACAAAUUUCAUCUCCCCCUAAAACCAUUAUUUUUUCUGAGGAUGACUAUGACAUGGAGAUGACGACAGCAGCUACUGUGCUUAUUGAAAAACAUAGCAAUGCAGACGAAGCAACUGCAAGGUUCUCUACUGCAGAAACUGUUUUAUGCUUAGAUCAGCCUCAUAAAGGAUCAACAAGUACUGCCGGUUGCCAGGGGUUAUCUAGUAAUAUUUGGACAGCGCAUAACGAGAGAGAGACUUCAAAUUCCAGUUUGAAUUUGUAUGUACCACAGAGUGCUUUGCCUGUAGGAGACAGACAGACAGUGGACAUCAUUGAAAGUAGUUCAGCUCCAGUUGUCCAAUGCAAUGAAAAAAAUGUUUUUACUAUAGACUGUGCAGGUGCAAUGAGUAAAGGACAAGGGAGUUCAGUCAACAAAGAGGACUCACUUUCCAUAGCUCCUCGAGUUUCAAGCCAAAAGGAAGACAAAUCCGUGAAAACCACCAAUAAAAAAUCCAGAAGGGUAAGCCUGGCAGAUAUUAAGUCACAGCUUGAACAUAUUAAGGAUAUGAUUAAUGAACCAGAAGAUAUUGCAAACAGGUGUUUCACAGCCCCACUUCCUCAACUUGGAUCAGACUCUGAGGCCAAAGAGACAGUAUUUAAGUCUACAAAUUGUUCCCCAAAUAAAGAUGACGAUAACACACAAAGCACAUCUAAGGAACACAACACUGAUCUGUGGGAGGGUAGUGUUGUUCAUAAACAAUGCACCAAUAUGACGGCUCCUGUUAACUUUGAGGAAAGAAAACCCUGUAUAACUAGGAUGUCUUUUGGUGGGUUUCUACCCAAGCUCCCACAAAAGACAAAAGUUUUUGACCAAAAUCGGUCUCAAAUAAGCAAUUCUGGGAGCCUAUUGAAAAAAACAGUGGCUACUGUUACUUCUUAUCAGUCUAGUAGCAGUGCAUUUGAAAACAUUGAAGAUGAGUUGCUUCCAGAGAUCAGCAGUGAGGAGGAUUUGACUGAAACCUUGGAAAGCAAGGUGCAAACACACGCAUGUGUCCGUGAGAACCUUUCCAAUGGAACCAGUAACCUACCUGCUGCAGAUGAGCCUGUGUUUGUCGAAUCAACCCAAAAUGUGAUGCAGGGCCAAAAAAGGGCUUUGCCAGUAGAUGGCCAUGAAGAUGCAAUGUCAGGUGAAAGGAAGAUGAGGAAAAGUCCUGAUUCAAAGUGCAAUAGCACUGUUGUAGAAAUGGUUGGGGAGAACCUUCCCAGUGUAAUGACAAAGACCCUGGACACAGUCAACACCAGCAACAGUACUACCUUCAUGGGGACCAAUGGAACCUUUGAGACAAGUGCUCAAAGGUGCAGUCAAUAUGAUACAGACUUUGAUGAAGCAACAGAAUAUGAGCAUGAUCUGCGAAAGAAAUUAGAUGAUGGCAGCAUUACAGUGCAAGAGUUCUUGAAGAUUUUUGGGAUUGAUUUCGUUAUCCACAGACCACGGCACAGUGUUCUCCCAGACAAUUUUGCAAUAGCAGAUAACGCUGAGGACCUCCUUGUGGAGAAGUACAUCAACCGACCAAAACAGAGAAUUUAUGAAGACGAUAGUCAAGAGUUGUCCAAGAUGGUUGAGAAAUUGAAGUCAAGAAUGUGGGAUCAAGAUAAGCCUCUCAAAACCAUUAAUUAUUCCUUCUGGGAAGUUGUGAAAACCUAUACAGAAGAACAGUUCAACAGUUUAGGGUCUAAACUUAAAGAGAGAAAGGUAUACUUCCGAAAGAAGAGCAAAGCAUUGUCCCAUGAAAUGAAGAUGGGUUUAUACGCCAACCUAGUGCAGGCUACGCAGCUGGCAGAGCAAAAUUUGAAGGAGAAGAUUACAGAUGUAGAUGACUUACUGAAAAAUCUUGAUGAGUUCCUACAUGACCUGCAAGCUGAAUUGGAUUUACUGGACACUGAAGGGCUAUCAGAGGCCAGUGUGAAUUCUGAGUUACUUUGCUCUUUGGAAGUUAGACAGCAAGAACUUGAACGCCUCAACAUUGCUGUUGCUGAAAAAGAAAGGAUGAUAGGUGAACUGGAGCUGGAGAUCAACAGCAAGAGGGACAAAAUUAGCAAUAUCAAGGAAGAAACCCAGGAGCUAAAAAAAUACAAAGCAGUCCUGGACAGAAUGGUUGAAUGGAAGCUGUGUGAGAAAACUUCAGACAGAGCAGUGUUCAACCUUCUGUAUGGAUCAGUCCAGCUCGAAGUGGUCUUUGAAUCCCAUACUGAUAAAACUCAACACACUGAGAUGCUUGUAAAGAAGGUUGGCAAUAUCAAAUUUCAUCUGCAGUUAGAUGAGAGAAACUCUCAGGACUACGCCUGCCUUGUUCACAACCUUAUUGGCCAGUUUAUAGAGACCAAAAGCAACUGGGUAAAAAAGUACCCAGCAGAGUCUGACAUCCCUCUGCUCCUACAUGAUGUUGCUUUGGUGGUGAGCCGCUGUCGUACCCUAGGGGAGGAGAUCCACAGACUGAAAAAAUGGGGCUCCCUUAAACUGGAUAUUAUGGAAAUUGCCUGCAAGGACAAACAGAUCAAAAUUCUGUUCUCAAGUCUCAAAGUGUUUGCCAAGUUUGAGGUCACACUGGUUGUUAGUCCAGAAUACCCAAUGUCUUCUCUGCAAGUGCUUCAUUUAAAAAACUACAUCGGUGAUAUAAGGAUGUGCCAGAUUGAAGAUGUUGUGACCUCUGUCACACCAUCAAAAAAUUAUCUGAUUAAGGUUGUUAAGAAGAUCCAUGAGGCACUUUUAGUCUGA